AUGUACCAUUCGGAAAACGAUCGCUCGCUCUCUACACCGGCUGCCAUCGGAAUCGGCAUCGCUAUUGGCAUCGUCUGCACCGUACUGGUCCUUGUUACAGUACUGUUGCUACACCGCGCAUGGAGACUUCGCCGUUCACCACCAGUAAAGCAGUACAGGCAAGCCAAGUUAUGGAAGGGCUUCGAGCCGGUCACUCCGAGCACCGCGAGAACUACUUUCGUUGGAACCAAGAUGACCAACAUAUACUUGACGGAGCUACCAACACCGGUCACACCUGCCUUCCUUAUGAGCCCACCCUAUGUUGAGAGUCUACGCACGAACUCCAUCACGUCUCUCAGUGAUCGUGCCCAGCAGAUCCCAACUCUGCUCACGACUACGAACAAGAACAACCUGCGCCUUCUACUCGUCGCUGCCUGUAAAUGUACAGGAUCUUGCAACUGGCUCGUUGAGAUCCUGCGCGCUCUCCCAGGCCUCAGCGUCGCCAACUCCUGUCGCGUCGAUGAGAUUGUCCCCACGCUCUUUGCCCUCAGCGCAAGCACCCUGGACUCCCUGCUACAACGCCUCGUCGGCGGGGCGCGCAAGGUGGUCAUUCAAAUGUUUACGCACAUCAACAAGCACAGCGUCAGCAGCAUCACUGCCCUGCUGCAGACUCGCAUGUGUAGGUUAGACAUGAUGAUCUCGCGGAACCUCCCCCGCCACGACCGUCGCCAGCCACACCAGAAGAAAGCACAGCCGGCUCCUCUUGCAAGUCUGGCGGGAGUUCCAGUCGAGCUAUUUGGCAUGAUUGUACGCCAUCUUGCGUGCUGCGACAUUCGCUCUCUCCGACAGACGUGCAACAAGGAGCUCGUGGGCAGAUGCAAAGACAGCUUCUACAACAUUGUCAAUUCGACCGCCGCUUCCCUCCAGCUUGACGCCGACUUUCCUGCGCGCGCAGUGUCACUUGCAAAGUUUGAGCGGUGGAGCGAUCACAUCACCACACUACGCUUCAAGGUCCCGAGAACCGCAUUCUUCUACCAGCUGCAUCAGGGCGCCGCAGCCGAUGGCGAUACCUUCUCAGCAAUGUCGGAUACGAAGGAGUUCAAGUCUGCGCUCGCGCUAUUGACGACCCUUCCUCGAUGCAAAGCUGUUCAGAUCCAGCACGACACCCCAAGCAGCGGCUGGCUCCUAUGCGACUACCAAUCCAGUCGACGGGAGGUCCGUGACAAGACCAUGGCUGUCCAGGGCGACGUGUUGCGCGAGAACCUGGAGCAUGGUCUUGUCGGCUUCAUGCUUUCUUCGCACACGCAAUGGUACGACGAGUACCGCCUAUGCUACUUCGAAGAGCAAGAGAAGGAGGCAGAGGAAGAAGGUCCACGCGCAGAGGCUGAGGAAGAUGGCCGGCCAGCAGAUGUUGAGGAAGAUGGCCAGCCAACAGAUGUUGAGGAAGAAGGCCGACGCACAGAGAUGGGGGAAGAACGCCGCGGCCAUGAAGAGACCGAAGAUGCGUACGCAGGCCAGUCCCGAGACAUGGUUCGUGAUGAGUAUCGCUCACGUGGGCUUCCUCGGCCUAUCCCCAAGAAGAAGGCGGACAUUGUGGCGGCUCUGCAGAAGGACGAUUUGAGGAGGUUGGAGUAG